AUGUCGCCCAUCACUCCUUCCCAGCCGAGCCCGGCGCAGCAGGCGGCGAACAAGGCCGUAGGCAUUGAGGAAUACACACUCUGUGCGAUUGGUAUCGUGGUGACGAUAAUCCGGCUGUGCGCCCGGGCUACGGCCGUGGGUUGGAAAGGCCUCCGAGGAGACGACUACUUGGUCGUGGUGGCAGUGGUCUUCUACGCCGUCAUGACGACGCUUUCAUCGUGUCUCGGCGGCAUCGCGGGGGGGCAUACAAACGCCGGCCUGACGGACGACGAGCGAGCGGCAAUUCUACCCGACAGUCUCGAGUUUCAACAACGGGUGAUUGGCUCCAAGUUGCAGAUUGGCGGCUGGCUGAGCUAUUUGGCGUGUCUCUGGACGCUGAAAGCGUCGCUGUUGGUCUUGUACCUUCGGUUGACGAGAGAUCUUGGGCGGCACUACGUCGUGCGCGUUUAUAUUGGCUUUGGCCUGCUUGUUGCCAGCUGGGUCGCCGUGCUGGCAAACCUCUUCCUCGCCUGCCGACCCUUCAACAAGUAUUGGCAGAUUGAACCAGAUCCCGGCAAUAUCUGUCAGCCUACCGUGUCCCGCCACAUCGUCUGGGUCAACCUGUCGCUCAAUGUACUUACCGACUUCUAUCUCAUCUCCAUACCGGUCCCCUUGCUUUGGCAAUCGUCCAUGAGAACCCUCAAGAAAGUAGGGCUCAUGGUGCUAUUCAGCGGAGGCUUGCUCGUUGCCCUCUGCGCCAUUCUUCGUUCCAGCCUGGUUUUCAACCAUCCCCCCAGCCGCGGCGCGCGGCUUGCAUGUCUGUGGGCUGCUCGAGAAGUCUUCGUCGCGGUUGUCACGACCAACCUCCCCAUCGUGUUUCCGCGCUUGGUGCAUUGGCUCGCGCCAGUCUUUGGCUCGAUACUGUCGCUGGGCUCCCAGAAGAUGGAAAAAGUACCAACUGGCGUUCGGACGGUGGGCGGUGGCGGUGGAAAAGGCCCGAGCUGGCUUGGCCGUGGCCCGCCGACUCCAAACCCCAUCACGAACCUGACCUUGACAUCGAGCGAGGCGGAGAGCAUCGACUCCACCGAUUUGAAGGCUCUCGACGCCACAUGCCUGCCAAGCUCAGAACGCAAGUCGAUGGAUUCAUCGUCCAAAGGCUGA